AUGUAUGAUGUAGGAAUUGUGAAGGGACUUUUAUCCAAAUUUUCAAUAGCAGUUAGAAGAUUGUUCAGAUGUUUACCUCUAUUCCGACUAAAUCUAGCAAUCAGUUCUAGAAAUUCAAGAAUUGAAGAACUUACAAAUUCCAAGCAAUGUGAGAGGUGCCCAGAAGAACAAUAUCCAAAUGAGAAGCAUCAUCACUGCAUUCCGAAAAUUAUCGCCUACUUAUCUUACAAAGAAUUCGUGGGAGAAAUCCUGACUAGCUUUGCUGUUUCUUUUGCUGUAAUCACAAUUUUAGUCAUGGGGACAUUUAUCCGCUACCAAAAUACUCCCAUUGUCAAAGCCAACAAUUGGGAUAUCACCUGCACUUUGCUUUUCUCACUCCUGCUGUGUUUUCUCUGCUCUUUCUUCUUCCUCGGAUGCCCAGGGAUAGUCACAUGUCUCCUCCGGCAAGCAGUUUUUGGAGUUGUCUUCUCCAUCGCGGUAUCUUGUGUGUUAGCCAAAACCAUCACUGUGGUUCUGGCCUUCAUAGCCACAAAGCCAGGGAACCACAUGAGGUUGUGGGUAGGGAAAAGACUGUCUGUCUCAGUCAUUGUUUUUUGCUCACUUAUUCAAACAAGCAUCUGUGCUGUGUGGUUGACCAUUUCUCCUCCUUUCCCAGAGUUGGACAUGCAUUCCCAAUUGGAUGAGAUCUUAGUGCAAUGCAACGAAGGCUCAGAGAUCAUGUUUUAUGUUGUGCUGGGCUACAUGUGGCUUUUGGCCCUCAUCAGCUUCAUAGUGGCCUUCUUUGCCCGGAAGUUGCCCGACAGUUUCAAUGAAGCCAAACUCAUCACCUUCAGCAUGCUGGUCUUUUGCAGUGUUUGGGUCUCCUUUGUGCCCACCUACUUAAGCACUAAGGGGAAAUCCAUGGUGGCUGUGGAGGUCUUCUCUAUCUUGGCCUCAAGUGGUGGCUUAUUAGGUUGCAUUUUUAUGCCCAAGUGCUAUAUUAUCAUGCUGAGACCAGAGCUGAAU